GCGCGUCGUGGCGCGUAGUUUCCAUCUUGGCCGCCAGAGGUCGCCAACGCCUUUCUACCUGCGCGGCGGUGCUUCGCCGGCCAUUUCUGUCACGGUUUACGCUCGGACGCCGCCGUUUUAACGGAUUUAAAUGGAAAAAAGGAGUCGCGGCCGGUUGUACGCGUGGCGUCGGGCGCGUCUUCCGCCAUCGGCACUCGACGGAGAAGCGCCGUCGUGCGCCCCAAACUGAAAAGGCGUUGGAAGAGCUCCACCUCUGGCCGACGGCGGACGGAGGGGGCGGUUUCGGGACGCGCGCGCAUAUUCCGGAGUGCAACCUGCCCGGCUGUCAGUCCGCGCGAGGAGGAAGAGGUGAGCCCCUUUUGGCUCUCGAGUCCACGGGCAACUUCGGAGCGCCGUCGCGCAGUCGAGCCGAGCCGUCCGCUGCCAUGACAUGGCUUCAUCCGUAGGAGUUGUCAUUUCACUCUUGCCCGCGACCGUCGGAGACAUGCUUGUGUUGUGACGCGCUCCCGCGGGCGCCCCGACCGCCGUCCCCACGGCGCACUUUGACCGCCCCGAUGAGAACGGGGACAAAAGCCGUUUUGCGCCUCGGCGUCAGGAAAUAGUUCUCAUGGCUUGAGGCCGGCGCCUUGCCGUCAACUGCUUUUUCUGUCUUUUUGUUCGACAACCUUUGGACGAGGCGAGGGACGCCACCAUGACCCCGGCUUGGCUCGCCUUGGUCGGAUUGUGCUGGGGCGCCUACUGCUGCAGCUCCCCGGCGGCGGGGCGGCACUCCUCGCGGGACGGCAGCGGCCGAGCGCCGCCGGCCCCCUUCGUGCAGCGGCGCCUGAGGACGCACGAGAGGAGGGAGAUGCAGAAGGAGAUCCUGUCCAUCCUGGGUCUGCCGCACCGACCCAGGCCGCGUCUGUCCCGGGCCAGAUUCAACUCGGCUCCGCUCUUCAUGCUGGACCUGUACAACAGCAUCCGAGCGGACGGCGCGUCGGAAGGCUCCCGGCCGGCGCGGACCACGCGCGGCCCGCCGCUGGCCACCGUGGACGAAGCGGAAGCGGCCUUCCUCGACGACGCCGACAUGGUGAUGAGCUUCGUCAGUUUGGCGGAGCGGGAGCCCCCCCCGCGGCGGCCUCAGCACAAAGAGUACAAGUUCAACCUGUCGCAGAUCCCCCGCGGCGAGGCCGUCACCGCCGCCGAGUUCCGCCUGUACAAGGAGUGCGUGAGCGGCGCUUUCUGCAACGACACCUUCCUGCUCAAAGUCUACCAAGUGGUCAAGACGCACCCGCACAGAGAGGCGGAGCUUUUCCUGCUGGAGUCUCGCCGACUGUGGGCGGCGGAAGAGGGCUGGUUGGAGUUUGACGUCACGGCCACCGGCAACCUGUGGCUCAUGAGCCCGCCGCACAACCUGGGCCUCCAGAUGAGCGUGGAGACCGCCGGCGGGCGGCGCGUGAGUCCCGAGGACGCCGGGCUGGUGGGGCGCGACGGCGCCGUGGAGAAGCAGCCUUUCCUGGUGGCCUUCUUCAAGGUCAGCGAAGUGCGCCUGCGCAGCUCCCGCUCCGCCGCCGGCAAACGCCGCCAGCAGAGCCGCAACCGAUCGGCGCCCACGCAGGAGAUGUCCGCGGGGCCCGGCCCAGCAGACUACAACGGCAGCGAUCAGAAGACGGCCUGCAGAAGACACGAGCUCUACGUCAGUUUUCGAGAGCUCGGCUGGCAGGAUUGGAUCAUCGCUCCCGAAGGCUACGCCGCCAAUUAUUGCGACGGGGAGUGCUCCUUCCCUCUGAACGCCCACAUGAACGCCACCAACCACGCCAUCGUGCAGACUCUGGUGCACCUGAUGAAUCCCGAGAACGUCCCUAAGCCCUGCUGCGCCCCCACCAAGCUCCACGCCAUCUCCGUGCUCUACUUUGACGACAACUCCAAUGUCAUUUUGAAGAAAUAUAAGAACAUGGUGGUGCGAGCCUGCGGUUGCCACUGACGCGCGCCGCCGCCAAAGAAUCUCAGCGCUGUCCAGGCGUCGCUCGGAAAAGGCUUCCGCGGCGGAACCAAAGUCCCCACAUGCUAUUUUAGCAACAGUUUCCUCCAAAUAAACCCUCCCGUGUCAAUAUUUGUUGCGGCGAAAGGGAUGUUCUGGUCCAAACAAGUGAAGAAUCGGGCCUUAUCCGUCCAACGCGGCCACUACUGGGUCAAGGGUGCAAAAAUCAUCACCGUCGCUUGUUUUCUUUCACCCAAGUUUCAGGGCUUUUUUUUUUAUUGAACAUGUUGCCGUGGAGUCUUUCAGGCGAUAUAUUUGAAGCCAAAUCUAAUAGCGACAGGAAGAAGCUCAAAGCCUUACGUGCCUCGCCAAUCAUCCAACACAAAACAUACCUCUGGCAAGCUGCUGUUUACAUCACGUCUGGGCUCUUCUUGUGUAAAUACUUGUACAUUCACACUUUAUUUAUUGCACUUUUUGUUCCAAAACAAAAAGAAUAUCAUAGAAAAGACACAUGGAGACACAAGAAGCUAUUUUAGAUUUCUUUUAUUAUGAAAUCUCAUGUUAAACUUGCCAUUAUUUUGUGGGGGGGGAGGGGGGUUGGGGGGGUCAAAUCUGUGGGCAGUGCACAACCCAUGACUGCAUAACACACAAAAACAAGUGUCACUGGAGUUCCGUAGACCAUGUGCUUGGCAUAAAGAUUUCCUGGCAAAAA